AUGAAGGGUGAGCAUUCUGAGAAGGAUGAGGAAAAGGUUGAAGUGAGUGAUAUUGGUGUGGGGUCUGUAAUGCACGUGCACCAAGGUGCUACAGUGCACCAUGCAAUCAUGCGGUCACAGCUACUGUUUCAGAUGGAAACCAUGGGACCACUUUCACCUGUUGAGCACGUCCAUCAAUCUGACACAAGGGUGGAAGUUAGUGCAAUUCUGGCUUGGAAGCAGGUGGGAAUGGUACUGUUGGACUUGGUUGAGGUUCCUCUUCUGAUGUAA